UCCAAUUUCUGCUGAUCGGGAAUUCAGGGAGAAGAAGCUGCUUUCCCCUUCUCUCUACCCAGUUUCCUGCAUGACUUCAGCUAUUGGCUAGUCCUAGGAAAGAAAGUGGGAAAAGCUUUUUCCUCUGUAUUCUUUUGGGCUGGAUAGUUUUCCAGAACUCCAGUCUCUCUUGGGCUGUGGGGCAAGCCACUGGGUUCUUCCAAGGAUAAGCUACCUCCAUAAAGGACGUACCUUUGGUUAGACGAGCUGCCAGUCAGGUGGGAAUGAGAUCCCGAAACCAGGGUGGUGAAAGUUCAUCCAACGGGCAUGUCUCCUGCCCCAAGUCCUCCAUCAUCAGCAAUGCUGAUGAUAAAAGUCUCUCGGAAGAUUCAAAAAAGAAGAACAAAUCAAAUAGAAAGGAGGAAGAUGUCAUGGCCUCAGGAACUGUCAAACGACACCUAAAACCAUCUGGAGAAAGUGAACGAAAGAAUAAGAAAUCCUUGGAGUUAUCCAAAGAAGACCUCAUCCAGCUAUUGAGUAUAAUGGAAGGGGAGCUGCAGGCCAGGGAAGAUGUGAUCCACAUGCUGAAGACGGAGAAAACCAAGCCUGAGGUUCUGGAGGCUCAUUACGGGUCUGCGGAGCCAGAGAAAGUGCUGCGGGUCCUGCACCGAGAUGCCAUCCUGGCCCAGGAGAAGUCCAUAGGAGAAGAUGUGUAUGAGAAACCCAUCUCAGAGCUGGACAGACUUGAGGAAAAACAGAAGGAAACCUACCGGCGCAUGCUAGAGCAGCUACUGCUGGCCGAGAAGUGUCACCGGCGCACGGUGUACGAGCUGGAGAACGAGAAGCACAAGCACACGGACUACAUGCACAAGAGCGACGACUUCACCACCCUGCUAGAGCAGGAGCGGGAGAGGUUGAAAAAACUCCUUGAACAAGAAAAGGCUUACCAAGCCCGCAAAGAAAAGGAAAAUGCUAAGCGGCUCAACAAACUGAGAGAUGAGCUUGUGAAACUCAAGUCCUUCGCACUCAUGCUGGUGGAUGAAAGGCAGAUGCAUAUUGAGCAACUUGGCCUGCAAAGCCAGAAAGUACAGGACCUGACUCAGAAACUGAGGGAAGAGGAAGAAAAGCUCAAAGCCAUCACUUCUAAAUCCAAAGAAGACAGGCAGAAAUUGCUCAAGUUGGAAGUGGAUUUUGAACACAAGGCUUCGAGGUUUUCCCAGGAGCAUGAAGAGAUGAGCGCUAAGUUGGCCAAUCAGGAGUCUCACAACAGGCAGCUCAGACUCAGGCUGGUUGGCUUGACUCAACGAAUCGAGGAGCUGGAAGAGACCAACAAAAAUCUUCAAAAGGCAGAAGUAGAACUUCAGGAGCUAAGAGAUAAAAUUGCCAAAGGGGAAUGUGGCAACUCCAGUCUCAUGGCAGAAGUGGAAAAGCUUCGGAAGCGCGUACUUGAGAUGGAGGGUAAAGACGAGGAGAUCACGAAAACCGAAUCCCAGUGCAGGGGGCUGAGGAAGAAGCUGCAGGAGGAAGAGCACCAUAGCCGAGAGCUCAGACUUGAAGUCGAGAAGUUACAGGUGAGAAUGUCGGAACUGGAGAAGUUGGAAGAAGCAUUCAGCAAGAGUAAAUCGGAGUGCACCCAGCUGCAUUUAAAUCUGGAGAAAGAAAAGAACUUAACCAAGGACCUGCUCAAUGAGUUGGAGGUAGUCAAGAGUCGGGUUAAAGAGCUGGAAUGUUCUGAAAGUCGAUUGGAAAAGGCUGAAUUAAGCCUGAAAGACGAUCUGACAAAGUUGAAGUCCUUUACCGUGAUGCUGGUUGAUGAAAGGAAAAACAUGAUGGAGAAAAUAAAGCAAGAAGAGAGAAAAGUGGAUGGACUCAAUAAAAAUUUUAAGGUGGAACAAGGCAAGGUUAUGGAUGUGACGGAAAAGCUCAUUGAAGAAAGUAAAAAGCUUUUAAAACUGAAAUCCGAAAUGGAGGAAAAGGUGUACAAUUUGACAAAAGAGAGAGAUGAGUUAAUAGGCAAACUGAAAAGCGAAGAAGAAAAAUCCUCUGAAUUAAGCUGCAGUGUUGACUUAUUAAAGAAGAGACUCGAUGGGAUAGAGGAGGUGGAGAGAGAAAUAACAAGAGGAAGGUCUCGAAAAGGACCUGAGCUCACCUGCCCAGAAGGUAACAAAAUUAAGGAGCUAACACUGGAAAUCGAGAGACUGAAGAAACGUCUCCAGCAACUGGAGGUGGUGGAAGGGGAUCUGAUGAAGACGGAAGAUGAGUACGGCCAGCUGGAGCAGAAGUUUAGAAGCGAGCAGGAUAAGGCCAACUUCCUCUCUCAGCAGCUGGAGGAGAUAAAACACCAAAUCGCCAAGAAUAAAGCAAUAGAGAAAGGUGAGGCGGUGAGCCAGGAAGCCGAGCUGAGACACAGGUUUCGGCUGGAAGAAGCUAAAAGUCGAGACUUAAAAGCAGAAGUCCAAGCCCUUAAAGAGAAGAUUCAUGAAUUGAUGAACAAAGAAGAUCAGCUUUCUCAGCUCCAAGUGGAUUAUUCUGUGCUUCAGCAAAGAUUUAUGGAAGAAGAAAACAAGAACAAGAACAUGGGGCAGGAGGUCCUCAAUCUGACCAAAGAGCUGGAGCUGUCCAAGCGGUACAGCCGCGCUCUCCGACCCAGCGUGAACGGGAGGAGGAUGGUGGAUGUCCCCGUGACGUCCACCGGCGUUCAGACGGAUGCGGUCGGCAGCGAAGCGGCGGAGGAGGACACGCCAGCAGUGUUUAUACGCAAAUCCUUUCAAGAAGAAAACCAUAUCAUGAGUAACCUUCGACAGGUGGGGCUGAAGAAACCUGUGGAACGUUCCUCUGUCCUAGACAGGUAUCCGCCCGCGGCCAACGAGCUCACCAUGAGGAAGUCUUGGAUUCCAUGGAUGAGGAAAAGGGAGAAUGGGCCCCCGGUGACUCAGGAGAAGGGGCCUCGAGCCGGUUCCAGCCCGGGGCACCCAGGAGAGCUGGUUCUUUCGCCCAAGCAGGGCCAGCCCCUGCACAUUCGAGUGACGCCGGACCAUGAGAACAGCACUGCCACUUUGGAGAUUACAAGCCCCACGGCGGAAGAAUUUUUUUCCAGUACCACCGUCAUUCCCACCCUAGGGAAUCAGAAACCGAGGAUAACCAUUAUCCCGUCACCAAAUGUCAUGUCUCAGAAACAGAAAAGCGGAGAUGCUACUCUCAGCGCGGAGCGAGCCAUGUCCCCAGUCACAAUUACUACCUUCUCCAGAGAGAAGACACCAGAAAGCGGAAGAGGGCCGUUUGCGGAUAGGCCCACGUCCCCCAUACAGAUCAUGACCGUGUCCACAUCAGCGGCCCCGGCGGACAUCGCCGUCCCUCCCGAAUCCCAGGAAAUGCCCGUGGGAAGGACUGUCCUCAAGGUCAACCCGGAGAAGCAGACUGUGCCAGCCCCAGUCCGGAAGUACAACUCCAAUGCCAAUAUCAUAACCACGGAAGACAAUAAAAUUCACAUUCACUUAGGUUCUCAGUUUAAGCGCGCCCCUGGGACUGCGGCUGAGGGAGCAAGCCCGGUGAUUACUGUCCGACCUGUCAGCGUGGCCGCGGAGAAGGAGGUGUCCACCGGCACAGUCCUUCGCUCGCCCAGGAGCCACGUCUCGCCUCGCCCUGGCGCAAGCAAAGUGACCAGCACCAUCACCAUUACACCGGUCACGACCUCAUCGGCCAGAGGAACCCAGUCAGUGUCGGGACAAGACGGGUCAUCCCAGCGGCCUACACCCACCCGCAUUCCUAUGUCAAAAGGUAUGAAAGCAGGAAAGGCAGUAGUGGCAGCCCCAGGAGCAGGAAAUCUGACCAAAUUCGAGCCUCGAGCUGAGACUCAGUCUAUGAAAAUAGAGCUGAAGAAAUCUGCAGCCGGCAGCGCUACCUCUCCUGGAGGGGGGAAGGGCUGAGGGCAGUGGCGGAGGGGGUAUGUCGUGCAGAUGCUACUGCUGCCCUCUGUUCGUGCCAACUCUCUACAUGUACUAAUUUAAGUUUUCAAUAUCUUGUUCAUAAAAUAAUCAACUAAUAGCCAUGUGUCUUUCCUAUUUUGUGGAUUUGUUUUGAUGCUGGGGAACAGAACUAACCAGCAAAACUACCGUGUGCUGUGUGCUUUGCGGAGGGUGCUGGGCCCGAGGCAGGGCCUGACUUCUAGACCCAGUUUUGCUUCUAGAAAGUGGACCCAUUAGUUAAAUCAGUAAGAUAUGGGGGCUGGAUCACAGCCUCGCCAAAGCCGGCUCCUAAUUGUAAGUCAAAUAUAAUAGGCUUUGUUCCACCAUAAUUGAUUUUUCAAAACCUCUUUUAUGAAACAGGAAAUAGGUUAACAAUUGUCAUUUGCCUUUUUCAGAUUCCAAAUUUGCUUCAUGUGCUGGAAACAAACAAACAAACAAAACCCCCCAAACAAAACCCAUCUCCUAGUUAUCACAGGACCUGGACCUCUAAGGUUUUGCAAAAACAAAAGCCUCUGAACCGAUUUCAGGAAACAAUUCGAAUGUGAAAUAAAACGGAAAUGAAAUAUGGAAUACU